AUGACUUCCUUCUCUCUCUCAAAUCCUGGAUUUACGCCUAUAUUGUUCAGUAAUACUACUGCUGGACCAAUGUCUCCUAUUCCUACACCUCUUGCUUUACUUCCUAUUCUUACAGACAGCAUAUCUAUGACUGGUAGCUCUUUCAAGAAUCAGAGGUCAUCAGGACUUUCUUCCGAUCAUUGGGAUAAUUCGGAGACUGAUACUAAUAACAGUCAUAAAGAUAACAGUACUGCUAAUCAAUACUGUGAUAGGGGUUACAAAGAUUCCACUCAUCAUGAGUCGAACAACAAUAGUAAUAAUAAUAAUCAUCAGUGGCCUACAUUGUCAUGUUCGAUUGAAGCAAAGGACCAAGAAGACAUUAAACAAAUAAAACAAUCGAUUAAUACAAAUCACAUUUAUCAUUACGAUGCAGAACUCACUCAAAAUUCUAAUCUGAUGGAUGAUGAUGAUGAUGAUGAUGAUAAGUCAACAUUACCAUCUGGAAUAUGCAAUAGUUAUGGGGCAACCGCUACCACUACUGAUGAACAGGUGAUGACUACUCCAAACGCAGUUCAUUCAGAUCUUUCAAAAUCUAUCAGUGCUCAAGAUUUAAAAGAAUCAAUAAAUUCAAUUAUACAGAGAUGUAAACUUUCUUCACAUAGCACAACUGCAACUGCUACUGAUUAUAAUAGUAGUCCUCUGAAAGAUAAGAAACAUGUUCGUCGUCCAAUGAAUGCAUUUAUCAUCUUUUCUAUGCGACAUCGUAGUGAAGUGCAUCGUUUAUAUCCAAAUAAAGAUAAUCGUGUAGCAAGUCAAAUUUUAGGUGAUUGGUGGUAUCGUUUAAAUGCAUCAGAGAAAGCACCUUAUCAAGAACUGGCUCGUGAACUUAAAGCUGCACAUUUUCAAUCAUUUCCAAAUUGGAAAUGGUCAUCUAAACAAAGACGUAAUUCAGGUAAUACUGUUAAUAACAACAAAAAGGCGGAUACAAUGGAUUCUUGUCAUUCUGAUUUAAAAACCUCAACAACACAACUUACUACUGACUGUGAUAAACUAUCAAUGGAUGAGAAGUGCUCCGUGAAAAAUAUUUCAAAUUUGAAAUCUUUGUCCUCUAAUGAAUCUGACAGUUUAGUCAAAAAACAAUCUUUAACAAGCUUACCAUUAAAUAUGGAGUCAAAUGAAGAUUGUAAAUCUAUCGUAGAAAUUGAAGAGGCUAACAAGCAUACUAUUAACGAAGAGAAUGAUAUCAUCGGUGAUGAUUCUAAUAAACUGGAGCCGAAUUUAUCAUCAGCUUUAAACCAAUGUCAAUCAAAUGGUUUGUAUCUACUGUUGCACGCUGUUGAAUAUUUGAAUAAAAAUAAUUAUAAUAAUAAUAUACCAGUGAAUGAAUUGUUGGAAAAUUCAGCAUUGGAUGUUAAUGUUGGUCUUGACUGUCAAAUAAAUACUGAUAAAUCACAUACUGCCUCGAUAACUGACUGUGAUAAAUGUGACAGUGAUGGGAAUGACGGUGUUGAUAGUACCAAAGUUUCGCAAUUGGAAAUACUUUCACCACCAACUUUGACAUCAGAAUCUUAUGAUGACAAAUCUUUACCAAUGAAUACAUCAGAAAAAUCUCUUUAUGUAGAUUCUUCUGAAAAUGUAGAUUCCACGUUAUUAAUUGACAUUCCAUCUGUGCUAAAAACUUCAGACGAUUGUGUUGAUACUUCAAAUACUCAAGGAGAAAAUCAUUCAUCUCAGAUACCUAACGAUAUUGCUUUCUCACAUUCAGUCGUUAAUUCAUCAAGUCCAAUUGAUGUGAAAAGCUCAUGCAGUUUGACCUCAGAAUUGUCAAGUGAAACAUCUAAAUCACCCGAAGCUUCUGUACAUUCAGGCGGGCCUUUAACUGAAGCACAGGAAAGCAAUCUGUUGUAUUCUUUAACAGUUAAUUCUAAACAUGUGUUACCGGCUGUAUCAGUCAAGGCUGGAUCAUUUACAGAACCUGACUAUUCAGUGCCAACUGAAAAUAUUCAACAACUGAAAGAAAAUCCGUAUGAAACUGUGAUAUCUAAACGGUGCAAUAGGAGUGACGUAAAAUCUUUAGAAGAUGUUAACAUUAUCCACAACCUGAAGUCAAAGAACUGUACAACGAAUACUACCUCUGCGAUGAACGCUACAGUUCAACAACUUUCUUUAAUGGAAGAGACGAAAGAAAAAGAAGAAGAAGAAAAAGAAGAGGAAGGUGAGGAACACUCAGUGCUUGACAAUCAGUCUAAAUCAUUUACCAAUGACAAUCAUGAUUAUCAUCGACAGACGACUUCAUCAAAACUACGACCACCUCCACUAAAACUACAGUCGUCUACCUUAUUCGAUUCUGAAAAUGUUAAUCAUACUAUUAACAAUAAAUACUCUGAAUCAAUCUGUGGAAAGUCUACGCAUCGUACACCACUUUCAGCUGAUGCAGCUAAUCGUUGUUGUAAGCGUAAAUUUGAUGAAAAUAUGGAGAAUAUCUUAACACGAAUCAACUUUCGACGUCGUUUUUCAUAUUUACCAAAAUUUAAACCAAAUUCCACCCAUGAAUUAUUGUCACCAGUUUCUCCUAGUCAAUUUCCUCCCAUGAAGACUACACAAAUUAACUCUCAAACAGAAAAUGAAUCAACUGGUCAACCAGUGAAUACAGAUGCUAAUCAACAACAAAUCUACAUACUUACCUCACCAACUUCUCAUCUCAGUGACUCUGAAAAUAUUCAUCAAUGUUUAUCACCACAGAAAUCGGAUAAUAAUAAUAACAGUAAUAAUAAUAAUAAUAAUAAAUGUAUUCAAUACGAAGAUAAUAUGUUUUUUGGUAAAAACUUCCCAAAUCCUAAUGAAAUGAAAUGGAUCAGUUGUAAUAGUUCACGUUCACAUCUAUUGCCAACUUCUUCACGUCUUUUAAAAAAUCAACCAAUUGCACCAAAAUCAAAUCAGUUAAAUAAAAUGUCAGUGAUACCUUCAAAUAUCUUUGAUGUAAACACAAUCAGUUCUAGAUCAAUAUUACAUAUGCGUCGUAAACUUGUACUAGAUUUAUUCCAGGAAUAUGGUUUAUUUCCAUCAAUUCCCGCAAUUAUUCGUUUUCAACAAUCCUAUUCCUACUACUUUCCAAAUCGUCAAUCUUUACAAUUAAAAAUACGUGAAGUUCGUCGACGAAUAAUGCAGGUGAAUUCACCAUCGAAUUUAAAACCUACUGAUGCGUAUUUUAAUCAACCAGUGGAUAGAAAAACAUUUAAAGAUGAGGAAGAUGAUGUUAAAGAUAAUGAUGAUGUUGGUGUGAAAGUCAACAGUGUAAAAGUUUCUUUUAGAACUUUAAAGCAUUCCACCUAUUCAUCAAUGAAGUCAACAGUGAAUCGUCUCUCUGAUUAUACUAAUAAAUGCUAUAAUAAGAAUAGUAAUAACUCUACAAGUAUAAUAUUAUCAUCCUCGAAUCCAUUGGUAGUAUGA